AUGGCAACCGAACAGCAGCGUUGGUUCCGGAGGGACACGAUACUCACAUCACUGGGUCGGGCAGAGGCAUUUAUGUCUGGCUACAUCGCUGAACGGGAUGAAGCACAGGUACCACUGAGGAUCAGUCACGUCGACAACAUCUGGGCUAGCUUGGAAGCGGUGCAGGCUCAACUGGAAGACCUUGAAGCUUCUGAGGAAGGUAGGGCAAUGCAUGCCGAUGUCCGUGCCGAUUACGAGACUCGGCUCUUUUCAAUAAAAGCUAGCUUGAUUUCUAAAAUGCCUCCCACUUCUGUUAACGCUCGCAAUCCCUACUCCGCUAAUACUAACUCUGCUCUCUCUGGGAUCAAACUGCCGACAAUUUCGCUUCCGGAAUUCGAUGGAGACUACCAGCAAUGGCUUACUUUCCACGAUACCUUUGUGGCUCUCAUUCAUUCGAACGCUGAUAUACCCGAUAUCCAAAAAAAUCAUUAUUUGAGGGCAGCCGUCAAAGGGGAAGCUGCGCAGGUGAUCGAAUCGAUAUCGAUCAGUUCCGGUAACUACAACCUGACAUAA